AUGGACCCAGGAACGUUUGACUUGCAAAUAAUUCAUUAAUAUUUUGAAGAUUUGACGGAAGCGAUAGAAUUCAUGAGAGAAUUAGAAUCAUAAAAUGAUUAAGAGAAGAGAUAAGUUAGUGCAGGUGUUCAUAGAGCUGAAGCAUCCCCUAAUACAUAAUAAAUGUUAUAAGAAGUAAAGUAUAAAUGUUGAUUAUAAAAUGUAUAGACUAGUUUCAAAGUAUUGUAUAUAAAUUUAUUAUAAUUAAAUUCGAUAAAAUUAUUAACAAAAAAUAGAUAUGAUAAAAAAUGAAAACAAUAAACCUAAUUAUCUAGGAAAUUAAUUAAAUAUGUAAAAUAUUGCGUAUAAUUAUAAUAUUUAAGAAUAAUAAUAACAAGAACAAGAGAAAGAUGGAAAAAAAAUUAAAAAGGAAGUUAAAAAAUAAUCUUAAAUUCUUAGUAGUCAAUAGAGAGAUAGGUUCCUGGAUUCAAAGAACAGAAUUUAUAACAAAGAAAUGAUUGAGAAUUUAUACAUAUUUCAUGAAUAUCAUAAUUUAGGGGACUCCAACUGCAAUAAUGUUCAAGGAGUAAAUUAUCAGAAUGCAUCUUAAUUUAGGCAAAUCCCAUGUCACCCAAAUAAGUACCCCAAGAAUUUCUGACUAACCAACCAUCUUCUAAUCCCCAACUAACAACUGAUAAAAAAUGA